UGCAAAGGCACCCCUAAUGUUUUCCUUUUUCUUUUAUUAGCCUCCCUUCCUUUUUCUCGACCCUUUGAAUAAUCAUCCUUCUUCUGCAGAUCGAAAUACGCUCAAGAUAUUCUGUUUUAGAGAGAAGCAAAUAUGUAUCACCCGACCAGAGGUGGUGUUCGCGGCGGUCGUGAUCAAUUUAACUGGGACGAUGUGAAAGUUGAUAAACAUCGAGAGAAUUAUAUAGGUCACAGUCUCAAGGCACCUGUUGGAAGAUGGCAGAAAGGGAAGGACCUCCACUGGUAUUCUCGUGAUAAAAAAUCCAACGAUUUAAAUUCGGAGGCUAUGAAAGAAGAGAUACGAAGAAUCAAGGAAGAAGAAGAGCAAGCGAUGAGGGAGGCUCUGGGAUUGGCUCCAAAACGUGCAUCAAAAUCUCAAGGCAAUCGAUUAGAUAAGCAUGAAUUCGCCGAACUUGUUAAGCCAUGCUCUACUGCAGAAGACUUGGGUGCCGGCCAUGCAGAAGCAGCUCAGGUUCAAGGUUUCGGUUUUUCCGGAAGGGGUGUACGACCUGGUGAAAACUCGAGCUUGCCUACCCCAACUGCGAACCCUGUAUCAGUUGAAAAGACGGAUAUACCCUUGCCAACUACAACAUCUGCAAGGAAGGAAGAAAAAGAGAUGGAAGAUGAAAGUGGCAGAAAGAAGAGGAAGCACGAGGAGAAGAAACGAGAGAAGCAUGAGAGACGGGAUAAGAGACACUCUCGUGAAUCGGAUGAUAAGAGGAAGCAGCACAAGAAACACAAGGAGAAACGAAGACAUGAUUCCGAUUGACAAAAACCUAGAUAAAAAAUAUUAUGCCUAUGUGGCAUCACUGUGUAAUUGCUGCUUUUCUCCGAUCCUGUAUAACUAUGUAUUCGAAUUAUUUGUCGUGCGAUAGAAACUUGGAUUUUCUGUGUUCGAUUUUUAUUUCGAUUUUCUGGAAGAUGUUGAAACUUGUUAUGAGCUUUCGCAAGACUUGUACCUAAAUUGUAUUUUACUUUGGUUAGUUUAGUUGAGAGAUUAAUAUAU